AUGGAAGCCAAUUACAAGGUGUGCAAUAGAUGUGUAAAAGCCAAGCGUACAUGCGGCGGCUACAAGGACGAGUCUGACAUUAUAUUCCGGCAUCAUCGCCGCGACUUGAACGCAUGGCACGAUCGCACCGAUGAUCACUCUGCACACGAGUCCCCAUUUUCAGGGCGUCGGAUCCCUCCAUCGACGGUUGCGCAUUACACGACGGCAGAUUGGCAUGAUACCGCCCUGGAGAGGGAAGCACGGGAGUUGUUCCUCAAAGACUACUCCGUAGUCUCUUCUGAUCGAUCUCUAUCGCGAGGAUAUCUUGACGGUCUCCGACAGCUACUAGUCUACAGCGGACCUUCCUCAGAAUUGUCCAGAGCUGUGACCGUCGUAUCCCUGGCCAGCUAUGGAAACAAGUACCAGCGCCCAGAGAUAUGCGCAGAAGCAAAAUUUCUCUACUUUCAACUGUUGCAAUCCUUCCAAAAGACCAUCUCAAACGUUGCAACUUCCAACGUCGUAGAGUCACUUGUGACUGCUGUACUCCUUGGGCUUUACGAGAUAAUUUCCACCACCGAGGCAUAUUCAAGUGCCCACAGUGCUCACUCUAGAGGCGUUUCAGCAAUCCUUGGAUCGGAUCAUUCACCCUUUAGCAUUUUCGAAGGUGCAAAGCUUUUCCAGAUGUCGAAUCCUCUCCGGAUAGGUGCAGAUCGACUAGUGCCAUCACCGAAUUCUGGUAUUCUUUGCGCUCCACUAUCUGCCCGGCCUGUCCAGACUCUAGACUCAAUUAUGCUGAGGACCAAACCACUGAGCGACAAGAUGACACGACUUCUGGAAACACCUGCGGAUGUCAGUGCGGAAGAAUUGCGCAAGAUGAGGGACGAGAUGAUGCUCCUAGCAUAUGAAUAUACUCGGUGGCCUGAGAACCAGCCUCCAAAAUGGUUACCAAAGACGAUAGGCACUAUCAGCCCAAUCCAAGCUAGGUCGGCUGGCCCGAUUUACUGGCCGGGUAAGAUGGAAAGCUACUUCGAUCUUUACGUCGCGGGCGUGUGGAACUCCUAUCGCAAAUCUCGCCUCUUAUAUCUUGACAAAGUCAUCAGGUGUGAACUUCAGUUCCCGGAGCCUGAAAGGAAGUUGCCUCUGGGCAGACUGUAUUCUGAAGUGCAGAGCCUUGCAUCUGACCUUGCAGCAUCCAUUCAUUUCAUCCUGACCGGCUCUGUGGAUUUGCCUCCGCCAAACUUCGAGGCCAUCGUCCCGGGUAAAUCUGCGGGUGGGCUUCUUCUUCUUCAUCCGCUCAGCGUCUCUUCAACGUUAUCAGUCGUAUCGCCUGAAAUGCAGACACAUUUUCGGAAUUGCCUAGCUUGGAUCGGGACGAACAUGGGUAUCGGCCAAGCGACUUUGCUUGCGAAGCAUCCUACGGGUUUGCCUUAUGAUUUCAUCAAAGAUGGUCAUGUUCUGGUGUGGGCUGGAAUGCUCAUCAGCCAGGUUUGA